CUUCACUCUCACCGCAACCAUCAACGUUCAACCAAUCUCAACCAUGACUGCCACUAAUUUCGAAGCCGACGCUCUUCUCGCUCAUGUCGUAUCUCAGGUCCAACAGAACGUAGAAUUCCUUGUAUCACACGACUAUUUGGCUCAAUCAGACGCCUCUGCCUUUCUAAGCAAAUUGGGCAAUGUUCGCGCAGGAGCUGCGCCUGGACCUGCUAUGCCUACACCUUCGCCUUUUGCACGGAGAUCUCCCGCAGUCAUAUCCCCUCAGCCUGUCAUGGCUAAGGCAAUUUGGGGAUACAACGAAGAUGGCGCUGAUGCCGCUGACCUUUCUUUUGCUGCUGGUGACAUGAUUGAAAUCUUGGAAGAAACAAAUUCAGAUUGGUGGACUGGAAAAAUAAAUGGGCGUCAAGCACUUUUUCCUUCAUCAUAUGUCGAAAAGGUUGUUGCACAUGCGCCCAUUGCCGCUGCCAUGCCUACACCUAUCCCUUCUACUGGUGGUAGAUCACUACCACCUGCAUUCAAUGGUGCCAAGGAAAAACCUGUCUAUAAACCAUUCGGCGCUGCACAUCAAAGCGCCAAUGCUCCUCCCCCACCGGACGCAGGGGUAAAUAACGUAGGUUUGCAGGAGGAUGCUGGUCAGGAAAAGAAGAAGAGCAAGUUCGGCAAGUACGGAAACACUAUGGCACAUUCAGCUGCUGGUGGUGUUGGAUUUGGCGCUGGUGCCGCUAUUGGUGGUGGUCUCGUCCGAGCAAUAUUUUGAUUUAUCCGUCUUGUUUUCUUCAGCACCGAGAUUUUGACUGGAUAUUUAUUGGUAUAUAUAUCGGGAAUUGGAAUUGCAGCAAUGGAUACUACGAUUUACUACCAUGCUAUCAGAAAUUCUUGUGUUUGAACGAUCGAAGAGAAUAAGGUCCUCCCUCCUUGGACUCACACUACACUGCAGUUUCUGAAAGGCAGAAUCAUUAACCUCUCGAUUUUGAGUCGAAGUGCUUACAGUAGUACUUCACCGACUCUGAAGGAGGAGGUCCUUGUAGGUUUCAAACGGCCUUGUUUUUCAAGAUCAUUCUGCAAAUAUAUUGAGCCGUAAUAUGGGUUGAGUAUGAUGUCAGGAGUCUGAUGAUCAUUGGUUGUAUACCUGUUACGGUAGUGGAGCCGUAGAUUCGUUUUGCUUGGUAAAUUGUCAUGUGGCAUUGGCAGUAAUUUUACGAGGCUGUAGUUUACGGAAGACUCGUCCUUAUGUA